UGUUAAAUCAGCAGAAGUGAUCCUGUGCUCGGGGUUGAGGGCUGGUGGUCCUUGGGCCGAGGACGGCUGAGAAUGGAAGAGAAGCCAAUUGAGCAGUUUCCCUUGUCUAGUAGCUGCCUGGGGUCCCUGUGGGCGGCCGACUCGUGUCCCUGUCCCCCCUCCCCCCACUGUGCCUGCUGCCAGGCUGUUUUCAGCCACACAGGUCUAGCCCCGCAGAUCCAGUAUCACACCCGGAGCUGGGGAGAAGGCCAUCCUCUGGAAGGCAGGGUCGUAAAAUAAGACCGGCGGUCUUGUGGUGGACGUGUCCACCGGAGCCCGUGUGUGAGCGCCUGAUGACAAGCCCGGGACAUGGGGUCCUGGGAAGGUGUCUGUCUGUGCUCGGGUCUGGGAGGGGUCGGACGUAGAGCACGCACACUGCUGGGAGCUUCCCCGCGUCCCCCACUUUCACAGCCUCCCUCGGGGGGGACUGGCCACAGGACACUGGAACAGGGGGCUGAGAGUUCCUUGCCCAAGGUCACACUGUGGGGACUUGAAAGCAGAUGGUCUGUGCCCAGAGUCCGGCUCUCCCACGGGUGGUGAGAGCACAGACUGCCUCGUAGGUGGGCCAGGGUCCUGGCUCUGGGCUCCGGUCUUGGCUUCGCCCUCUGAGAUGUGCGGAGGGGAAGGCCCCCUUUGUGCGGUUGCUGGGAAGGCCGCGUGGGCAUGUCCACCGCUCUGAUGCUGCCCCAGCUUCUCCUGGUCACUGGCCCAAGCUUUCCUUCCCCUCCUGCUCUCUGUCUCUCCCUCUCCCCUGCCCCAGGCCCUGGCGAGCACCAGGCCAGUCUCUGCAUCUCCAGAUGUGGCUGUCUUCCAUGCCUCAGGGUAGAUGGCAUCUCGCAGUAUGUGUGUCCCUGCUGCACUGAGCUCCCCCAGUGUCCUUGGACAGAUGAAUGGGCAAAGCAAGUGUGUCCCAGGCACACAAUGGAAGAUUAUUCAGCCUCAAAAAGAAGGCCCUCCUGUGGAUGGCGGGAGCAGUUCCAUGGCCUGGGCUCCCUGUACUGCCGGGGCGCGGCCGCCAUCAUCCUCACCUACGACGUGAGCCACCCGCAGAGCCUGCUGGAGCUGGAGGACAGGUUCCUGGGCCUCACGGACACCGCCAGCACGGACUGCCUCUUCGCCAUCGUGGGCAACAAGGUGGACCUCGUCGAGGAGGGGGCCACAGAGGGCCGGGAAGAGGACGGGCCCGGCCCCAGGUCUGCCGGCAGCGGUGGAUCACCCAAAGUGCCCAAGCUGGUGCAGCUGGAGGACGCGGUGGCCCUUUACAGAAAGAUCCUCAAGUACAAGAUGCUGGACGAGAAGGCUGUGCCGGCUGCAGAGCAGAUGUGCUUCGAGACCAGCGCGAAGACUGGCUACAACGUGGACCUGCUGUUCGAGACCUUGUUCGACAUGGUAGUGCCCAUGAUCAUGCGGCAGAGAGCCCAGGGGCCGCCGCAGACCGUGGACAUCAGCAGCCACAAGACGCCCAGACGGACCAGGUCUGGGUGCUGUGCCUGACUCAGCGGGGCCCCAAGCCCCGGUGUCUGCGGUGGGCCGGAGUUGCGAAGCAGGCGGCACAUGGAGGAGGACAUCCGGGGACAACAACAGCGGGGUGUUCCGUGGUCUGCCGGGACGGCUCCUCCAUCUGCAUCGCUGUGUGGGAAGCGGGGGACACGGGAAUUGCCUGCAGGAAACACUCCUCUGAGCCAGGAUCCUGAGGACCGUUGUGCGGUGCUGGUCUUUUCCUAUAUCCCGGCCUUGCUGAAGCCUGUGGCCCAGCUUCUGCGGCACCUGGUGUGUGUGGGCACCUGGCUGUGGCACCUGGCCAUGGUACUUGGUGUGUGUGAUCACCUGGCUCUGGCACCUGGUGUGUGUGGGCACCUGGCCGUGGCACCUGGCCAUGGUACUUGGUGUGUGUGAGCACCCGGCCAUGGCACCUGGUGUGCGUGGGCACCUGGCUGUGGCACCUGGCUGUGGCACCUGUCCCACUUCCAUGUUUUUGCAGACAUUGUCUUGGUGGCGGUCUCUCCUUGGUCCUACCAUUUGGCCCUUUUGUUUGGUAGUGUCACCUUGAUUCUUGGCUUGUUAAUUUAUACAAAGUCCGGGAUUAUUGCUUUCAUACUGGUUGUAGCCGUGUGAGCUGAUUAUUAUUAAAAAGGAUUACGAGGA